UGACUGAACAGAUUCCUGUAUUUACAGUAGGAGGAGCCAUGUGUACAUAUAUAAGAGGUACAGUCAGAACAUCACAGGACAUUACAGCCAGCAGCAAAACAAUCCACACCAGAGGAGACCCAGACAGCAAGAUGGUUCCAGUGUUGAUGUUACUCAUGGCAGCUCUUGUAGCUGCAGAUGAACCGAUGAUGGAUCUCUCAGGCCCAUUAGAGUCUGAUAGUCCCUCUGUUUCUGUGGUUUACUGUAAUGCUAGGACUACAUGCCCUUCCAGAACGACGUGCUGUCGGAGUCCUUUUGGUGUGUGGUACUGUUGCCCAUUCUUAAUGGGUCAGUGCUGCAGAGAUGGACGUCAUUGCUGUCGUCAUGGUUAUCGCUGCGAUUCGACAUCAACCCUUUGUUUGAGGGGGUGGUUGAGACUGCCAUCUUCUGCUGAGCCGGCCACCAAAGCUAUCCAGAAAACUCAGUCUGUGCCCUUUGACCAGGCUCUUAAAUGGCAGAGCCAGACUGAGACAGUUCAUUGUGAUGGAAAUCUCUACUGCUCAACUGAGCAGUUCUGUUGCAAGACAGCAGCAGGCCAGUGGGGGUGCUGCAGCGAGAUGGUGUAAGUGAACAACCCCCGUGACUUGGGUGCAGCUCUUGUUAAAGACUUACAAAGUGCAAGAGGCUUUUGUCACAUUUUCACUCCACAUGUGCUUUUGUUUUCAGUCAGCACCAUUUUCCCUUAGUUAGUUUGUUGUUAUGGACACUCAUUAGUGUCAGCUGUCUACUAUCAGUCAUUUCAUUAUCAUCAUAUGUCUCUACUUGUUACACUUCUAUGCUGCAUUUAGCCUGUUUGGAUUAUUAAAAACUGCCAGAAUCAUCAUGUGUGUUUAUUCUAACCAAGUGUGACAGCUUUCAGAUGUCAAUUACUGUUGAGGGAAAGGAUUUAUAUACAUUCAAUCUGAAUUAAUGCAAAAUAAAACUUUAAAGAACUGCA